CGGCACGGGAGAUUUGUUCGUCUAUAUCGCUAUUCUUCCUUUGUUAUUGCUAAAUUUUCCUCAUCCAAGCUUCCGAAAAGGAAGGCUCAUACCUGCUCGUCCAUGUAAACAUCAAAAAUACUUCCUCGCUGCUCCCUUGGUGAAUCUCUCACCUUUGUUCCCCCUAACAAUGGCGUCCAAACUCACAUCCCACCUCCCUUUCGGCCACUCCAAAUCCCCGUCCCAAUCCUCUGACUCCGAAACCUCCCUCACAACCCUCCUAACCGAAGACCAAUGCGCCGAUCUCACCUUCCUGAUCGCCAUAAUAACCGCGGCGAUGCAUAAAUCACAUCUAGACACUUUUACCGCAGAAGAAACGCCGUCCCAGAAUGCGAAAAAGUCAGAAGAGGAAGCACUGAAGGUUGCACCCAGCAAUCCCGAAGACGUCGAUGUUGAGAAGGAAGAUAAGCUGCGCAAAGAGAAGAAAGAGAGAGUGGAAGAUGCGAGAAAAGAGUUGGAGAAGCCGGAAGUGCAGGAGCUGAAGAAGGAGAUGUUGAGGUAUUUUGAUGAGUGGAGGGGCAGGGUUAUCAUACGGGUGGGAGAGGUUGUGAAUUCAAGGGAGGAGGCCAAGGAGCAGAGUAAACAGGUUCCGGAUCCUAAGAUUGAGCAGAGUGUUAAGAGACAGAAUACAUCGUUGAGGAGAAUUGCUGAUAUCGAAGACAAGGGCGAAGACGAGGAUAUAGUGUUUAAGGAGCUGUAUCCGCCUGUUAGGACGAGCUUGAUGGAGCUGGAGGAGAAUAAAAGAGCACUAGUCUUGCAUAGUUUAGUGCUUAUUUUGUUAAGUUUAGAGCACUAUUCUGCGCAUUCGAGGAUCCUGCUUCUGCAUCUUACAAGAUCGCUCAACCUCGACCUUUCAAUCUUAAAGCAGGACGAAGAAACUAUUGCAAGAGGUCUGCUAGAAGUCGCAGACCAGCAACUCAAUGCCGAUGCCGAAACGAAGAAGAAAGUCGAGUCGUCGGCGACAUCUCGGAAAUGGAAAGUUGGCCUUGCCGGUGUGGCCGGUGCGGCCCUCAUCGGUGUCACUGGUGGACUCGCAGCACCACUCCUCGCAGCCGGGAUUGGCACUGUCAUGGGUGGUCUCGGUCUCGGCGCUACAGCAGCAGCAGGCUAUCUGGGGACGCUUGCAAGUUCAUCUGUUCUUGUUGGCGGACUCUUCGGUGCGUACGGAGCACGUAUGACAGGGAAAGCCAUGGAUGACUAUGCUCGAGAAGUCGAAGACUUUGGAUUCAUACCAAUUCACAACCACCAUCGGCCACGCAAACUCGAGAAAGAAUUCCGUCGUCUCCGCAUCGCAAUAGCAAUCUCAGGCUGGCUGACCUCGAAAGAAGAAGUCGUGGUGCCAUGGCGCUACAUGUCUCCCUCCAUCGAAGGCUUUGCACUACGCUGGGAACUGGAAGCCCUACUCAAACUCGGAAACUCUAUGGACAGCUUUGUUAAGAGCGCAGCGUGGAGUUACGCUAAGGGGCAAAUCAUUAAGCGCACAGUAUUUGGUGCCUUAUCAGCCGGACUCUGGCCCCUCGCAUUACUCAAAGUGUCAAAAGUCCUUGACAAUCCAUUCAGCGUUGCCAAAGUCCGUGCAGACAAAGCAGGUGAAGUCCUCGCCGAUGCCUUAAUCAACAAGGUCCAAGGCGAGCGGCCCGUAACACUCAUCGGAUACUCGCUAGGCGCCAGGCUCAUUUUCGCCUGUCUCCAGAGCCUAGCGGACCGCAAGGCCUUUGGGCUCGUUGAAUCCGUGGUACUACUUGGUUCGCCCACCCCCUCCGAUGCCGCAGACUGGAGGAAAGUACGUAGUGUGGUAAGUGGACGAGUCGUCAACGUCUUCUCAACCAACGACUAUAUUCUCGCAUUCCUCUAUCGUACCUCCUCGGUGCAAUAUGGCGUCGCGGGUCUACAACCUAUCCUUGGCGUUUCAGGGGUCCAGAACGUAGAUGUUUCGGAGCUUGUUAACGGGCAUUUGCGAUAUCGAUACCUCACCGGCUCUAUCCUCAAGAAAAUAGGCUUUGAAGACAUUGAUAUCAAGGAAGUUGAACAGGAAGAAGGCGAGAUGAAAGCCGUGGAAGAAAUGGAGCGGAAGGAACGAGAGAAGAAAGAAAAAAAGGGGAAGAGCGAGGAUGAGGAGGCAAAGGAAUUGGAGAAGGAGGUGGAUAAGCGGAAUCAGGAGAGUGUCAUCAAUUGGGCUAUGGAAAAGGUUAAGUUGGGAGGGAUAUGGGGGAGUGGGAAGGAGGAGGAGAAGACAAAGGCAGAAAAGAUGGUAGAGAAAGAGAGGGAGAAAGAGUCGAAGAGUCAAAGCCAGGAAUAAGGCGCAGACGCAGAUAAAGACACGGGGAGAGAAGAGUGAGGGUUGAUGAGAGAGGGUGCGAUAUGAAAUACAGCCCUGACUGACACACGUUGGUCUGGGGAUGUAGAGUUUACG